ACCAUUGCUCAACUUAUGUCUGAAUGACGGCAGAUAAUUCUGAUGAAAAGGAAACUGACCCCGUAAGCACUUUGCAGCUGAGUCGAGGGCUCGUGGAAAUAAGGUCAAGGAGGUGUCCGGCGUGAGUACGGCCUGACAUUCCAUUUGGGACAGCUGCCGGACACAUUAGUGCAACUCGGAGUGUGAGCAGCAACUCCUGUAUACUGAACAUAAGAAAAGUAAUGUGUAGUGCUUCUUUUUUUUAAAAAGCCAAGACUCCAGGGCUCAUGCUUUUGUCUCAGGCCACAAAGCCUGCUGUGUCAGACCUGGAGAGCAGCAUGCUCACUAUUAUCCAAACUUUCCACCAAUACUCGGGUCAGAAGUCCAAUCUGAAGAAAGCAGACCUUAAAGAACUUAUCAACAAUGAGAUGAAUAAUUUCAUAGUGAAAAUCAAGGAGAAUGACACUCUGGAUAAACUCUUCGCUGACCUCGACCAGAACGGAGAUCUGGAGAUCGACUUCAAAGAGUUCAUUGCCCUCAUCGCCAUGGUCACCUCUGCUUGCAAUGAACUGUUUGUUCCAAAGCAACAAAAGAAUUAGUUUGCAUGCACAUGGAUUACUCAUUUAAAGAGAGUAUGUGUUUUGUUUUUUUUAGACAUCCUUUGAGACUGGGAGACUAUCAUUAACCAAGCAUCAGAGUUUGAUACUUCUUUUUAGUAUGGAAAUGUUUGCUGAAUACACGCACCAGUCACUUUAUUAAGUACACCUAUUCACCUGCUCAUUAACACAAAUAUCUAAUAAGCCAAUCAUAAGGCAGCAACUCAACAGAUGUAGAUAUGGUCAAAAUGACCUGCUAAGCUCUAACUGCGC